GGCUGCAGAGCGCGCAACAAUUUUUCGUUCCGACUCGCCGGCGGAAAAUUCGAUUUUCCAUUUUCCAUACCAAGUCAAAACGGCAGUAUUUAUUCGAGAAUUAUUCGAAAAUGUUUCGGGCAACUAUUUAAAUAUGUAAAUUGAAACGAUAGCAAGCCAUGUUUUUUCCUUACUUUUUGAGAUGUGUGUUUUUUAUGGUGUGUGAACUAAAUAUGUGCGCCUUUUUUCGUCAAUAAAUAUUAAUGCCCAUUGCGACGUUUGUCGGGCAUAAAUUAGAAAUCAUUAUUUAUUGCACACGUCUGCAGUGCGAAUCAAAACAAAAUCAAAAGCGGAGAGAGAGGUGAAAAGUAGAGAAAGAGAGUGGUUGCAAGAGAGUGCAAAUAGUGGAAAUAGUGAAAAAGAUAGAACAGCUGCCGGCUGAUUUGUUGCGGAAAAGGAAACAAAGAAAGAAGACGAAAAACAAUCGAUCAUAUGAAUUUAAUAUUGGAUUAACAUCAAAAACUGUCUUACGAAAUUAUUAUAAGACUAUUUACCGAGAUACAAGGAAAAAUAUCUUAAAGAUACUUUUGCUAAUGUAGAUACUUGUUCUGAACGUGUAAAUAUGUAUACGGCUUUUACGUGUGUAUUUAACCAAACACAGUAACUAAGAAGGAAACUGGCUUAGUAGACGGACAUAAUAGCAUGCCAGGAUUAAAAAAGUAAAUACCAGAUCACAAUGAGCAAUCGCACGGAGCAGGAUUACGACAGUGCCACUCCGGCGCUGCAACAGCAGAUGAAUCUGGCGAGAAGAGCCUGCUGGAGGAACCCAUCCUCCAGCACCGAGUUACCACCCAGAAAUAUAGCUUCGGAAACUGAUACAAUUACCAGUGACGCAGCCCGUCGUUUAGAGCUAGAUAAAGAAGCUCAACCACCGAGAGAUGAAACCAAAACACGAGUAGAACCACAAAUUGCAACCACUACACGCAACACAACAUGCACAUCCGACUGGCGGGGGAUUCUCGGCAAAAGGAUGCUGCUCAUCUGCGCCUUAAUCCUGGUCCUUGGACUUGUCCAGGGGCGGCCCAACACGAGUGCUGCUGUGGGCGUGACGCCAGGCUCGGAUGCGGUCACCAAACUAAAUCUGCCCGUGGAUGUAGAUGUGGGUCUGGCAUCAACGCCAUCGGCGAGGUUGCCUCGUGCCGAGGCAAUGAAAUCCAGCGACCAGGAUGCGGAGGGCGGCGAAGGACACAAGAUGGAAAGGUAUCCGAUCUCCAUCGUGGAUUUUGCUCGGGUGAAAACGCCGUUCAUCAUCGGAAUUUGGAUUCUAUCGGCCAGUAUAGCUAAAAUAGGUUUCCAUAUGACGCCAAAACUGCAUCUAAUAUUUCCGGAGUCGUGCCUGCUGAUUGUCGUGGGCGUGGUCAUUGGAGUGGUGCUCUAUUUUUGCACCGAUGUCGCCGUCUCCCCGCUGACCCCCAAUACAUUCUUCUUCUAUAUGCUGCCACCGAUUAUCCUGGACGCAGGAUACUUUAUGCCCAAUCGAUUGUUCUUCGACAACCUGGGCACCAUCCUGCUGAUGGCGGUGGUCGGAACCAUCUUCAACAUAGCCACCAUCGGUGGGUCGUUGUACGCCUGCGGAGUGAUGGGAAUUUACGGGGAGGGUGAGACUCCGGGUCUGAUGGACGUAUUCCUAUUUGCCUCCCUCAUAUCCGCCGUGGAUCCGGUGGCUGUUUUGGCCGUAUUCGAGGAGAUACACGUCAAUGAGAUCCUGUACAUUGUCGUCUUUGGCGAGUCCUUGCUGAAUGAUGCCGUUACGGUUGUGAUGUACCACAUGAUGGAGUCCUACAAUGAAAUUGGUUUGGAUAAAAUCAUCGCCCAGGACAUUGCCAGCGGUGUGGGUUCCUUCUUUGUGGUUGCACUGGGUGGCACUGCCAUAGGCAUCAUCUGGGGCUUCCUAACUGGUUUGGUGACCAGAUUCACAGAUCAUGUUCGUGUCAUAGAACCUAUUUUCAUAUUCGUGAUGGCUUACUUGGCCUAUCUCAAUGCGGAAAUCUUUCACAUGAGCGGCAUUUUAGCCAUCACUUUUUGUGGUAUAACGAUGAAAAACUACGUGGAAUCGAAUAUUUCACAAAAGUCUCAUACGACUGUUAAAUAUGCCUUGAAGAUGUUGUCCAGUUCGGCGGAGACCAUUAUCUUUAUGUUCUUGGGUGUGGCCACUGUGAACAAUAAGCACGUAUGGAAUACGUGGUUCGUGGUGCUGACCAUUGCCUUUUGCUCUGUGUUUCGAGUUAUUGGUGUCAUUUGGCUAUCAGCUCUUGCCAAUCGCUUUCGCCUGCACAAAUUGUCCAGGGUGGAUCAGUUUGUGAUGUCCUACGGUGGUUUGCGUGGUGCUGUGGCCUUUGCCCUUGUGCUGCUGGUUGAUGAGAAUGUGGUCAAGCAGAAGAACAUGUUUGUUACCACCACGAUAGCUGUGAUUUACUUUACCGUCUUCUUGCAAGGCAUCACCAUCAAGCCACUGGUCAAGAUCCUUAAUGUGAAACGUGCAAACAAACGCAAGCCAACCAUGAAUGAGCGCAUUCAUGAAAGGUUCAUGGAUCACUUAAUGGCUGGCAUUGAGGAUAUUGUGGGCAAGACAGGCAACUACAAUGUGCGUGAUAAGUUCAAGCGUUUCGACAAUCGCUUCAUUCGCCCGCUGCUGAUCAGAGAUCUCAAGGGCGCUGAGCCGAAGAUCAUCGAGACGUACUCCAAACUGACAAUGCGCGAUGCCAUGGAGGUGAUGAGGCGGAAUCCAUCCACCAUUGGCCAGAUGACGGGCACCGAAUCAAUGAGCGCCCUUUUCCGGAAUUAUACCAAUAACUACAUUGGGGGCAGGUGGGCACCGCCAACCAUAUACACCACCUGUCCCAGUCUGACAAAUCUAGACAAUACCUGUUCGCGUAAUCUGGACAUGGCUGAGCUGGAUUAUAAUCCAUCCAAGAAGGAUCUGACUGAUGCCAGGAUCCAUCAUCUGUUGGCCGAAGAACUGAAGCCUUAUAGAAGGGCCUCAAUACAAAUGCACCGUCGUCUUAGUUAUAGCCGACACGCAGUAGAUGACAGAGAUUUGUCAACCCAGGUCAAUUACAAAAUGCAAAUGAACUUCAGGCGCAUGUUCAACGAUCGCAAGCAUCACAAACGCAGCAAACGUGGGGCCAGCAAUAAGGAGGCCAAGGAGAAUGUUAAGCAGAAUCAUGUCUCGUUCCACGAUUUCCAACAAAACGGCACCACCAAGCAGCUCACCAAUGACUAUAUUAACAAUGUGCUUAAUGAAACAGCCGAGGAGUGCCAACAGAAUCCCAACGAGAUCAAUGUUGUUGGCCCCAGCGACGAUUGGGAUGAUGGCCUGACCUUCACCGCCAAAUCAUCACCUGACUCGGAUCGCGCCAAUAACAAUUCCCUGAUAGCCCACAUCCAAAACCUGCCGGGUUUCGAUGCCUCCAAGGCGCGUAUCGUCGUCCAGCAUUAUGCGCCCAAGGUCGACGACAGUCCGGAAACAGAUCUAGAUUCUCCGGAUCAGGCCGUUGGGCCCACGGCCGCCGAAUUGAUAUUGCCGUGGCGGCGGGACCGUUCAUACCAGAGCAUUGUGGCCGAGCAUCCCAUUCCUGAGGAGGAUCGCAAUCUGUCCCGCGAAUCCGACGGAGAGAGGCGUGUGGCCACGCCCACCGCCACGGAAUCCCAGCUGCCGUGGAAACGCCAAGGUGACGAAUGCACGGAUGCAGUGCAGCAGAACGAGUUCCCGGCUUGGGCCUCGAACAAGGAAUACUUGGCCUACAAUUCCCCCAGUGCAACAUUCCUAGGUGGUAUAAACAAGCCUAAACAGCCCAAGUCCGUCAUAGGUCUCUUCCGUCGUGAGAGUUCCAGUUCCAAGGCCGGAAGCGUUGGCAUCGGCAGCACAGGAGCCGUGGACACCGCCGCCAGUGGGUCGGAUCCGAUGGUUGUGCCCCUGUCCAACCAACCGCCCAACGCUCCAUCGACGUCCAUGCACAAUCCGCGGCUGGACAAGCGCUCCCAGUCGAUAUCGUCUGGUUCGCUGGGCGUCGGAGCCCAUCAGCUCGGUCCGGAUGGUCACUCCGGUCCAUUUCCGGUCACGGCCAGUCACCGCCGCAAUGUCCGCAGGGGCUCCAUGCUGGAGCUGAGCGGACUCAUUGCAACUGGACGCAGGCCCAGUAGAAUUUUGCAAUUUAGUCCAGGAACAACUAAUUUACUAGUGUCAGCCACGAUCACAACUCCUCCUCCACCUCCUUCUACUUCAACAACAACAACUACAGUAAAAACAACAACCACAUCAACCACCAAGAACAACAACACCAACAAUUCAACAGAAACAACAUCAGCAAGCGCGAGUAACUCGACGCCAACCUCCCCAAAAUCGGAGGAUAGCGCCACCUAUACUUACUAUCCUAAAGACACAAUACCCGAGGAGUCGUCGUACCAGCAUGGACACUCCAAAUCCUUGUGCGAGCCGGCGGAUUCGGAUGACUGGGAGGGAGCACCACUUUCCACCGCCGGCGGGGCCAACAGCGAACGAAUGAUGAGAAUGAGCGGCAGGGAACCGCUCCUGCCACGCCCCUCCAAUACACCUCGCGCCCAAAUCCGUCGCAUGAAUGCGGGAGCGGUGGGCGGGGCAGCAGUGAACCAAGCGGGCCGGAAAAACCAGGUGACAAAGGCCCUGUUGGACUACGAGGAUUCCGAAACAGAUUCGGAGGAAAACGAUGAUGAUGAGGACGAGGACUUUGAUUCGUACGACGACGAGAACAUUGUGGUCACCACCUUUACGACACCGGCCACCGGCAGGAGAUCGGGUUCCAGUCCAGGAUCAGGAUCGGAAGCCAACACCAGCGCAACCACUACGACGACAAGCAUUCGGCUGACCCGCAACAACGACGAGAGCAUUAUUUGAGUAUCGAGCACUGAUGGUGACGCGGACGAGGAACUGGAGGAUGACGGGGAUCAGCCAACAGAAUCACUACCACCACCCCAUAAUCCGAAACGUUCGAGGCGGAGUCUGUUUCCGUACGAGAUGUUCUACUAACUCCGGAACACAUCCCACAAACAUUUAUAUGACCUAGUUUGUAAGCCCAAAGUUGACAGAGUUGCAAAAUAGUUUUCCCCUUAAAAAAUGGUUUAAAACAAACAGCUUUAUAUAUAUAUACAUAAAAUCGGACAAAGCUAAGAUAUGAGAGUAGCGAAAAAAUUGUAUAUAACACCAGAUUUGAACCACAAAUUAAUUUCCUCUUGAUCGUUUAAGUCGCUUUUUAAGAUUUGUAACUUCCAGUUUGUGUUUAGUGUUUAGUCCCGUUCAAUUGUUAUUAUGUACCACAAACGUAUAUAUCGAAAAACCGAUUUAUUAAUUACAGCUGAUGUGUUCCAAAAUAGCAAGAAAGCAAAUUAAUUGUGUAAUAACUAACAAAGCGUAGCCAAAGUUUCUUAAUAAGCCUAUGACUAAAGUUAAUUUCUUUGUUUUUUAAUUUAGACAAAAUGUACUAAAUUGAGAUCACAUAACAAUGUGUUGCUAACAGUACUUAAGCGCGUACUUAGUUCGAUAAAAUAGUAAAAACGCAGAGUUUAGUUCAAUUUUAGCCUUAGUUAAUAAAGAGUUUAAAGUAUUUAAUUUCUACAUAGCCGCAGAGUCAGAACAAAGAAUAAUACAGCAAAGUUUUUCUCAGCUGAAACUGUAAGGAAAAUAACUCAAACAUUCAUGUAAUGCAUUUUUAAAUUAUCAGGAGUGCUGAUUUGAAGUCGAUUAAAAGGGUGACCACACAUCUAUUGAAAAAAUCUUGAAUCUUAAUGGAUUGCUGUGGCACCACAGAGACAGUUGAGUAAAACUUUGGCUGACCUUAACUAUAAAUAUACACAAAUCAAGUAACUAAUUGUGGACAGAUAAAUGGACAGAGUUAUGUAAUUUAUAAAUUAUUUUUGUAAACAUUUACGAGCGAUAGAGAUAAAAAUACCAAAUGGUGGAAAUGUUAGAACGAGAGAGAAUUUUGCGAACGAUUUUGUGUGGAAUGUGAGUGCAUGACUAGGAUUGAGAUAAGCGAAGCAUAAAAAGGAAAUAUUAAUAUGCUCAAAACCAAGUAAAAUAAACUAGAAAUAGUUGAAUACAAAUAAAUUCACUAUGCUGACGUAGAUUUGAAAAUGCAUUAGACGAAUAAGCCCUAGUUUCCAGACCGGGCCCAAGGGGAAGGAGUAAACUGAGAACACAGUAGCCAAUAUCCGGAAUGGGAUAUAUUCUAGAACCUACCUACCUAAAAUGUUUCGGCGAAAGCAAAUGGUAAAUCGUGGAAAUGGAACGCAUACCUACCUACUAUGAGUAAUACAAAAUAUAUAUAUUUUCUAACUCAUGUGCAACGCGCCUAGUACCAAACUUUAAUUUAAACAAUUACCUAUUACUUAAGUAGUUUGUAUUCGUAUUAUGUUCUAUCCAAGAAAUGGCCUUCUGAAUAUGCACACCAGAUCAGAUAGAAUUGGUUAACUUAGUUUGUUUCAUAUUUUAUUUUGAUCAGAAAGACAAUAAACAGCUUCAAGAUUUACGAGAUCUUGGAAAUUGUCAUUUCAAUAAAUCUUUAAUGGAAAUACAUAAAAAAAAUCAGAGCUGUGUUAUAUUGUGAGCAGGUUUUCUAUAUAAACCUGAAUUAUUCCACUGAACUUCCUUAUUUUAAUAUGGAUUGUGGCAUAAACUACUUAUAUAUGGGAAGCUGGCUCAUAAAUUACUUGCUUAAGAAAACUAACAUUGAAUUCAAUUGAUACUAAAUCGAAAAAGUGUUUGCAAUUUUCAUACCGUAGGCCUUAAGUUGUGCAUACUUCAAAAUUAAUACAAAUAUUGAUAGCGCAAAAUAAACGAAAAUUCAAAGAACACGCGAUGCAAAACAUAAAGAAAGAAUUGUAAAUUGUUAAACUGAUUUUAAAUACUAUAUAAGAAAAAUUUUACUAAAAAUAAAAUAAUGAAAAAAGCGAAAUAAUCUAUAA